UCUCUCUCUCUCUCUCUCUCUCUCUCUCUCUCUCUUUCUCUCUUUCUUUCUGUUCAAACUUUUCGCACACAAUGGCCAUUGCAAAUGUGCUCUGUUAUGCUUUACUUGCACUCUCCUCUUUCGCAGCGGUGAAUGCCAAAAUUCCUGGUGUUUUCACUGGUGGGCCAUGGCAGACUGCCCAUGCUACUUUCUACGGUGGCAGUGACGCCUCCGGAACCAUGGGUGGUGCUUGUGGCUACGGGAAUCUUUACAGCCAAGGCUACGGUGUCAACACCGCUGCAUUAAGUACGGCUCUGUUUAACAACGGUCUAAGCUGCGGCGCGUGCUUUGAGAUUAAGUGCGCCAAUGACCCCAGAUGGUGCCACUCUGGCGGUCCUUCUAUCGUCGUUACUGCAACCAACUUCUGCCCGCCAAACUUCGCUCUGCCGUCCGACAAUGGCGGAUGGUGCAACCCUCCCCGCCCUCACUUUGACCUCGCCAUGCCCGUGUUCCUCAAGAUCGCCGAGUACCAUGCUGGUAUUGUUCCCGUUGCUUACCGCAGGGUGCCAUGCAGAAAGCAUGGUGGAAUCAGAUUCACCGUUAACGGUUUCCGUUACUUUAACUUGGUGCUGGUGACCAACGUGGCUGGUGCGGGAGACAUUGUGCGCGUGAGCGUGAAGGGAACUAAGACGGGAUGGUUGAGCAUGAGCCGUAACUGGGGGCAAAACUGGCAAUCAAAUGCUGUACUCGUGGGCCAGGCUCUUUCAUUUAGGGUCACGGGCAGUGAUCGCCGUACAUCAACUUCAUGGAACGUGGCACCACCUAAUUGGCAGUUCGGUCAAACCUUCACGGGAAAGAAUUUCCGUGUCUGAUUAAAAAAAAAAAAUUUCAUCUCCCGCUUUCAAAUUUGUUUUCCCUCAUUUUCCCGGGAAAAUUUGAAGUGAUGGGCGAAAUGGGAUUUUACAUUAGGAUUCAAGUUAAAGUCAGAGUGAGUAAAAAAAUGAUUGUGAUAGUUAAGUUGGAAAAAUGACUAAAGUAAGAGUGUGGCAUUUGCUUUUCUUCCCUUCUUUCUUUCUGUUGGACUUGUCAUUUUGGCUCGGUGAUAAUAGUAAAAAACCAGCCAUUUGUUAAAGUGUAAGAGGCUGAAGGUGGCUGCAAGAAGAAACCAUGUAGCCCGCAGCCCUGGUGAUAUAUAAUAUGUUUUACUUAUAAAUAUGUAAUAUAUUUUAAUUGACUUA